AAAAAAAAAAAAAAAAAAAAAAAAAGAAGUGUGGUACCCUUUUGUUGGCGUAAUAAAAUUGAUUCUCGUACACAUCUCUCUUCCCAUUUCGCGUUGCUGCAAAGCAUUCUUCAUCUCUCUCUGCGGUUUCUGCUUCUCAACUUUUCAUCUCAAAAGGGAGAAUUAACUAAGUGAAGGAGAAAUGGGGCUGACAUUCACGAAGCUGUUUAGUCGGCUUUUUGCGAAGAAGGAAAUGAGAAUUCUGAUGGUUGGUCUCGAUGCUGCUGGUAAGACAACUAUCCUCUAUAAGCUCAAGCUUGGAGAGAUCGUCACCACUAUUCCUACCAUUGGGUUCAAUGUGGAGACCGUGGAGUACAAAAACAUUAGCUUCACUGUUUGGGAUGUCGGGGGUCAAGACAAGAUUCGUCCCUUGUGGAGGCACUACUUCCAGAACACCCAGGGUCUUAUAUUUGUUGUAGACAGCAAUGACAGGGAUAGAGUUGUUGAAGCCAGAGAUGAGUUACAUAGGAUGUUGAAUGAGGAUGAACUUAGAGAUGCAGUAUUGCUUGUGUUUGCCAACAAACAAGAUCUUCCCAAUGCAAUGAAUGCUGCUGAGAUUACUGACAAGCUGGGUCUCCACUCUCUCAGACAGCGCCACUGGUACAUCCAGAGCACCUGUGCAACCUCUGGGGAGGGUCUUUAUGAAGGUUUGGACUGGCUUUCCAACAACAUAGCCAAUAAGGCAUAAUGCUUUUUGGGAGUGUUUGGAUCGGUAAUUCUGGAUGCAGGGGUGAAUAUUAUCUAGCUUUUAUUUCUUGGUCCUCUUUCAAAACAACUUGAAUUUGUGUUCAUGUAUUGUGGUUUAGGACAUAUUGGUGGCUACAAGUAGUAGGAAUUUGUUUCAUGGGAUGUUUAAUACUUUUGAGUUUUCUAUUGGGUUUUGAUGCAAUGUCCUUAACUGUAAUGGAGAUACUAACUGAAUGUGCCAUCAGGUUCUGAUUUAUACUUUUGUCAUGGUCAUAUACCUUUCAUAUAAUGAGUAUUGGAUGGAGAUUUUGUUUAUAGUAAGAUAUGGAUGGAAAUACAA